AUGCCGCCAACUCCACCCUCUGACUCGGGCACUGGCAAGAAGGCCUCCAACCCAAUCGCUCCCCGUUCCCGCCUUUCAAAAACAGGAUCGAUCGCCCGCGGCUCUACUUCUGCAUCUGCCUCGUCUCUUAGCUCUAAAACUUCAAAUAACGCGCACACCCGCAGUGGUAGUGGCGGGACCCGGAAGCCAGCAGGAACAGCAGCGGGGAGUAUUCUGACAACUGGCUCAAUGGGACCCCCAGUUGGAAAGAGGCCCGUAAACGAAAAGUUUGACAACUUGUUUUUUAAAUCCCCCGUUCCACGGGUAAGUCCUCUCCUUUCCCCCUUUCUGUCGGAGCGAUUGAAGAUGGGUGAGGGGCCAGCUAUCGAGGUGGAUCGAGGUAAGGGACCAGCUAACCUAAUGAUGAACCCCUGUGCAGGCUAUAAGCAAACUCUUAUCGAAUUCCCAAUCUGCCAGUAGCACUGGCAACGGCUCCACGGUACCAAGCUCUCUACGCAGGAGCAUUGGCGCAAGUCCCAGUACUUCCGCUUCUGCAACUACUGCCUCCACCACAGCUGCCGCCGGCUUGAAAAAGGCCAGGGGCGUAACAACAAAGAGGCCUGCCACGACCACUCCUGAGAGCACCGGACAAACCCCAAAGCGUCCCACCAAACCUACUACCGCCGUCACCACCACCACCGCCCCAGGAACCAACGGAACCGUGCCCGUAAACUUCACCCUGCCAAACGACGGCCAGGAACGUACCCUACCAACACCAAUGGACGAACCUGGCGACGACGACGGCGAAGACAUAAUCCCCUCCAGGGUAAGUAUUAAACCGACACCAAAGCUGCGGGCAAGGGCAAACCUAAGAUCAUCUGUCAUCCCCGGAACCCCGGAGAAGCUACCCAUCACGACAAGAACACGCCCAGUGCGCGGGGCGAAUGGGAAAGAGACCAAGGGCGCGAGGCAAGCUCAGAAGGAGAACGCAGAGAAGAAGGCUGUGGAGUCGCCCAAAGGCGUCAUGAGGAAUACCGCGAGCUCCAGAGCUCGCGCAGCUGCGAGUUCUGGUGCAGGCGCGAAGAGUGGUACAAAGGCUGGAGAGAUGCAGGCGGGACGGACGUCUGCUGCUUCUGUUGGGACUGCCGCUGUGGCUAUGGCUAUGCCGACCACACCUGCCGCCCCUCUUCCUCCUCGAGAAACAAGAAGUUCUGGACUAUCUUCCUCAUUCAAGAGCCAGGUCAGAGACCAUAUCAACGCAUGGGCAGAAGCGCAGAAAAAAAUAUCCCCAGAGCUCGGGCCUGAGCCUGCGAAAGAGAAGGAUACCGAGAAAGGAAGAGCAAUACUGCCGACUCCAGAAGUACACAUCCCAAUCCCCGCCCGCUCUUCCGCCGCCAAAAAAGUAAUCCCCUCCCCUCCCUACCUAACAUGCAUACUACAAACAAAAUACUAACAUCCCCCCCGCAGCGCAACCCCCCUCCCCCUCCCCCAUCCCCACCAAAGCCAAAGACGGUCCGGAAGCCCCACCCCUCAACACUAACCCCUGGCUUCGCCGUCCCGCCCGGAAUCCUGGACGAGACAGGCUCGCUCUGGGACAGCGGGCGCAGGAAAUCUCGUCGUUCCAUCGGCACCCCCACCUCCACCACUGCCACUACCCCUAUAACCAACGCACGCAGGCGCAUGACCAUCGCCAGCGGGAGCGUCGUGAGCACUAGCGCCGCGGACGCGAACAUCAACGGGAAUGGAAAGCGCAAGAGUAUGGGCGACACAGAUGUCGGGCCGGCUGGGAAGAAGGCUAGGGUUUCCGAUCCAGAGGCGGCGGAGGCACCGAAUGGAGGUACAGUCGGGGGUGAGAAUAGGAGCAAAUCUGUCUCCGCAAAGAGAGGGAAAGGAGGAAAGGGCAAAGAGAAGGUUUAUGUCAAUACGGAUUUCGAGUUUUCUGAUAUCGAGGUAUGA